GUGACAGUGCAUUAGUUAAUAGUGGGGGUUAAAGUUAAUCGGUACAAGGGUCUCGAAUUCUAGAAGGGACAUGGCUCUCUACUACCGCUACUACCACUACUACCACUGUAAAGGCUGAGAUUUCGCCUUGUCUAAUUCAAUUUAUUUCUAACCGCCGGUAGAAAACUUCCCCUCCAAAUAAAAAUAAUAUCCUAAACGACGACUUACUAUGAGUCUAUCAAUACGACAUAUACGACAAAUACUUCCAAGGAAAUAAUAUUCUAUAUUUACGAAUAAAUCCAUCAUCGAACAAGCUUGUUACGUCUCCCUUUUUCGGCCGCCACCUUUAGGCGCGCCUCAACUACCUCGCCCAUCAUGUUGCGACUCUUCCGACCGCGACCGAUACCGAAUACCUUGUCGCUCGUAACUCGAUUUCAGGGUUCCAGAAGACCUUCUAGUCAACUUAUUCACGUACAAAGGGUUAAAUUCCAGCGAAGAUGGUUCAAGCCAAGGAAUGUCGUAAUCGCCGGUUGUGUCUACUACUUCUGUUAUCAAGUUUAUAAAUAUUCCAUUAUCGACACUUUAGAUGCGUGGGCAGGCGAACAAGAGAAACGUUUAACGGAAAAGGAGCGAAAAGAGAUGGACGAAGACUUGAUGGAACCUAUAUUUAUUCCUAUCCCUUUUACUACGAAACUAGUUCCUUCCGAUCCUUACAAGGGAACGGACCCAGAGUGGCAGACAUUCAUUAAAGUCAACAAGGAUCCAGAGCUUUUAAGAAGUAUUCAAAGAGGCCUAGCGGAACUUGUACGAAAAACUGCAGCUUCGAAUUCUGUGCUUGUUUCUGGAUGUGGUAAGGAUAUGACAUUAGGAAGAUAUUGGCUUGAUAUACAAUAUCCUCACAGGCCACCACCACACUACGUUCGGAAAGGGAUAGAAAUAGACGACCACCGUAUCUCUAUCGUAGAAGAACAUAUCGAGGGUGCGGUUGCUUCUGUGAUUGAACGUGCUCUUUGGCCUUCAACACUUACCCUAUCAUUAUGGAGUUUUUCUGCGGCGUUGGUGAAACAGAAUCUCUCGAAUUUUGUAAAACUCUUCGGAUACGGAUCGAAUCCUACCCCAGACCCCACGAUACAAAAGACUAUGGAGAAAUUCCAAGAGAGGAUAAGGAAACAAGAGGCCGAAUCCGAUCCCAAAACACGUGACUCCUUAUCAUCUGCAAAAACGCAAGCAACCGAUAGUUCAACGAACUCGACAUCCCCCGUCGAUACCGGAUCCGCCAAAUCGUCACCAGCCCCCGGCUCCACAGCUUCUCCCAGUUCAAGCAUGAGUCCGAUCCCCGUCGUUCCCGGCGCCGAAUCUACUAAACCGAAGAGUGUAAAUAAUAUAUACGGUAUCGAAUACGCACGAGAGCACACCAGUGGGCCUCGGCAGGCUUUCGAGCAAACCUUCUCGCAAACCUGGCGGCCGAUUAGGCACCUACCUCCGCGCGGCGUUAUUAUUGUAUCCGGACUCGUGGAAGUCACUUCGCCGCGUGCUAUAGCCACUAUCGAUGUUCAUGCAUUUUGGGAUCCGAAAACUAAAAAUUUUGAUAUGAGGACGGCGGUUUUCCGUCUUAGACAAUUACGCAGGAGGACACAGACGCCAGCGAGAUGAAGAUAUUGAUUCCAGAUCAUUAUAAUAGGACGACGAGAAAUCACAACGGAUGGCAUUGAUUAGGGCACUUGGCAAGGUCGGCGUUUAGGGAUUGGAAUGAGUAUAGGGGUAAAAUAUAUUCACCUUGGUAGUCGCGCUUGGAAGGAGGGGGAUUCUGCACAGCAUGCAAGCAUAUUAGGGGCGUUUCUGGCUGUUAGGAUUGAAAUAUUCAUUUUUUUCAUAAUUUUGUUUUGUUGUCCCGUUCCAUUAGUAGCCAGCGAGAUUUUGCGACGAGCCUACGUUGGAGAGGGGAGUCUGAGAUGAGACGGCUAGAUACCAUAGAGUCGCAUUAGGAAAGCCGAGGUCUCUUCCCGCUGGAUAGAGAGCUACGAACUGAGAAUAUACUUAGUACCUAAGUACUCGCGAUCUCCUUUUGGUAAUGUG